CUUCGUUCUUCAAUUAACGAGUUCUUCUUAUUUUUUUUUAUUAUCAGAGAAAAAAAAAACCCCUAGACCUUUAAGAAAUUAAGUGUUAGGUCCGAUCUGAAUGUCUUAAAAGCAGAUCUGAGAUCAAAAUCUGAAAUUUCAAAACUUUCGAACGCAAUUCGGUGAAAUUGUUAUAAUCUAUCUGGCUUAAUAUCAGAUCUUGGAGAAAAGAAGGGAAAACCCCUAAUUUAAUCUGGUCAAGUGUGUGUGUGUGUGUGUUUUUUUUUUUUUUUGCUUUAUUUGUAAUAUAUGGAGGAUUUUUGGAAGUAGAUUUGUUUCUACUUUUUGUUUUUUUAUUGUAAUUAUAUAUUUAUGUUUAUUGUUGGUGUUGGUGUUGGUGUUGGUGGCGGUGGAUCUGAUUGUUUCGCGAGGAAUAAUAACUUUAAAGAAGAAACCCUAGAUACGAUGGGCAAAGAUGAUGAGAAUUUAAAGGCGGAGGAUGUGGAGGAGGGUGAAAUAUCCGAUACGGCAUCAGUGGAAGAGAUCAGUGAGGAAGAUUUUAAUAAGCACGAGGUUAAGGUUGUAAAAGAAUCGAAACCCAAAGACGGUAGGAUUUGGACGAUGAGAGAUCUCUACAAGUAUCAGAUGGGAGGAGGAUACGUCUCCGGCUUGUAUAAUCUUGCUUGGGCACAGGCAGUACAGAAUAAACCUCUAAAUGAGCUGUUUGUCGAGGUUGAACCCGAUGAGAAUUCCAAGCGAUCGUCGCCGUCGUCGUCUGUGGCGUCUGUUAAUAGCAAUAAUAACAGCGGUAAAGAAGACGAGAAGAAUAAAGUGGAUAAAUUUGUGAUUGAUGAUAGCGGUGAUGAAAUGGAUGAUAAGAUUGUGGAUGUUGAGAAGGAGGAAGGUGAAUUGGAGGAGGGAGAGAUUGAUUUGGAUUCAGACCCAGCUGAGAAAACUAUUGGGGAAAUUAAAGAAGGGCUUUCGAAUAGUGAUGAAAUGAAUGUUGAUUACUUGCACGUUGAGUCCAAGGAGAAAAAUUUGGAGAAGGCGGUGAACUCCAUUCGUGAAGCUCUGGAGAGUGUGACUGUCAUUAAAGCAGACAAAUCAUUUGAGGCAACUUGUUCAAAACUGCGCAACACAUUGGAGAGCUUGCGGCAUGUGGUUGGGGAAUGUGAUAUUCCCACAAAAUAUCAUCUUAUGCAAUUGUCAUUCACUGCUAUUCGAACUGUUAAUUCGGUAUUUUACUCCAUGAACCAUAAAUUAAGGGAACAAAAUAAGGGCGACUUUUCAAGGUUUCUGUCCCUUGUAAAUAGUUAUGUCCCUCCUCUUUUCUCCCCUGAGCAGGUGAAACAGAUUGAGGUCAUGCUUUCCUCUUUGGAUUGUCCUGGUAUUUUGUCAAGUUCUACGUCUGGUGAAAAAGAGGGAGAGACAUUGAUGUCCAAUGAGGUGAAUAAGAAGGAUGAUGAUGUCUCAGCUAAUAGUUCAGUUCAUAAUUUGACAACUACAAAUAAAUUUCGUUCAUUUGCGGAUUCUUUAGUUAAUAAUAAGCCAAACAUAUCAUUAGAAGCUCCAAAAACAGGAGUAUCUACUUUUAAGAGUAGAGCAGUUUUGCUCCCAUUGUUAGACCUCCACAGAGAUCAUGAUGCAGAUAGCCUUCCAUCACCUACACGGGAAGUAGCACCACCAUUACCUGUACAAAGAGUUUUAACACCUAAGGUGGUGCUUGACACUGAAGAUUCUAGAAUGCAUCCAUAUGAAACUGAUGCUCUCAAAGCUGUUUCUAGCUAUCAGCAAAAAUUUAGUCAUAGCUCAUUUGCAGUGAAUGAUAGGCUUCCAAGCCCAACUCCUUCAGAGGAAUCUGGUGAUGGAGAUGGUGAUGUAGGUGGGGAAGUUUCUAGUUCAUCGACUGUUGGCCACGUUAGACUUGGAAAUCCACAGAUUUUAGGGCAAGCAAUUGCUUCUGCUGCUCCUCCUCGCCCUGAUAGUUCUAGCAAGCAGGGAGUUGUUCCUGCUAAAAGUACUGCAUUGGUGAGUUCUGUGCCUGGUUUAGCUGCGAAAGCCUCUGCAAAGAGCAGGGACCCUAGGCUUCGAUUUGUUAAUUCUGAUGCCAAUGUUUCAGACCAAAACAACCGUGCUGUGCCAGUGGUGAAUAACACACUUAAAGUGGGAGGAACAAUGAACUUAAAAAAGCAAAAGUCUGUUGAUGAACCUAUUCCGGAUGGUCCUUCAUUAAAAAGGCAAAAAAUUGCAUCGGAAAUUUCUGGAGUUGGUAGGGAUGUGAAAACCAUGAUUGGAAGUGGCGGUUGGUUGGAGGAUACUGAUGUGGUUGGACCUCAAACUUUGAAUAGAAAUCAGUUGGUAGAGAAUGCAGAAUCUGAUCCCAGGAGAAUAGAUAAUGGAGUAGCUUGUCCUAGUACUGUUAGUGGAAUAUCUAGUGUGAAUAUUAGUGGAAAUGAGCAAUUACAAGUUACAGGAGCCAGUGCUGUAGCUGGAGCUGAACAGGUCCCAGUGAUGAGUGCUAGUGCAACAUCUCUGCCUGAUUUAUUGAAAAACAUUGCAGUGAAUCCAACAAUGUUGAUCAGUAUACUCAAAAUGGGACAACAGCAGAGAUUAGCAAUAGAGGCACAGCAGAAGCCUGUUGAUCUUGCUAAAAGUACAACACAUCCACCGAACACAAAUUCUAUACUGGGAGCUCUACCUGUGGUUAAUGUUGCUCCCCCACAGUCCACAGGGAUUUUGCCAAGACCAGCAGGGGCACUUCAGGUUCCUCAAUUGGCUGCUUCGGAUGAGAUGGGAAAAAUUCGUAUGAAACCACGGGAUCCUCGUCGUGUUCUUCAUAAUAAUACACUCCAAAGGAAUGGGAGCUUGGGGUCUGAACAGUUCAAAACAAAUUUAAUCUCUACAUCAACCAGCCAAGGUACCAAGGAAAAUCAGAAUGUGCAAAAUCAAGAGGGUCAAGUGGAAAUGAAACCAGUGCCUACCCAAUCUCUUGUGGCGCCAGAUAUUUCUUUGCCAUUUACGAAGAGUUUGAAAAAUAUUGCUGAUAUUGUGUCUGUUUCCAAUGCAUCAACUCCACCUCUUGUUUCUCAGAAUCUUGUAUCUCAACAUGUGCGAACUGUGGUGUUAAAUUCUGAGCAGCCAACUGGAAUUGGUUUACCACCUGGUGUAGCAUCAGUAGCUCCUCGUUCACAGAACACAUGGGGAGAUUUUGAUCAUAUCUUUGAAGGAUAUAAUGACCAGCAAAAAGCUGCUAUACAGAGAGAGAGGGCAAGAAGGAUAGAAGAACAAAAGAAAAUGUUUGCUGCAAACAAGCUCUGCCUUGUGUUGGAUCUUGAUCAUACACUUCUUAAUUCUGCCAAGUUUGUUGAAAUUGAUCCUGUGCAUGAUGAGAUCUUGCGAAAGAAGGAAGAACAAGAUCAUGAAAAACCACAGAGACAUCUAUUCCGCUUCCCUCAUAUGGGAAUGUGGACAAAAUUGCGUCCUGGGAUAUGGAAUUUCUUGGAAAAGGCUAGUAAACUGUAUGAGCUGCAUCUUUACACAAUGGGGAACAAGUUGUAUGCCACAGAAAUGGCAAAAGUUCUGGAUCCUACGGGGGUUUUGUUUAAUGGACGAGUUAUUUCCAGGGGUGAUGAUGGGGAUCCCUUUGAUAGCGAUGAGAGGGUUCCCAAGAGUAAGGAUCUUGAGGGGGUCUUGGGUAUGGAGUCUGCUGUUGUCAUUAUAGAUGAUUCUGUGAGAGUCUGGCCACAUAACAAGUUGAACUUGAUUGUUGUAGAAAGGUAUAUAUAUUUUCCUUGUAGUAGACGCCAAUUUGGUCUGCCAGGGCCUUCUCUUCUUGAGAUUGACCAUGACGAGAGACCAGAAGAUGGGACUUUGGCAUGCUCGUUGGCGGUUAUUGAGAGAAUACAUCAAAACUUUUUUACUCACCCGUCCUUAGAUGAAGCAGACGUUCGAAAUAUCCUUGCAUCUGAGCAGAGGAAGAUUUUGGCUGGCUGCCGAAUAGUAUUUAGCAGGGUGUUUCCUGUUGGUGAAGCCAAUCCCCAUCUACAUCCACUCUGGCAGACAGCUGAACAGUUUGGUGCUGUCUGCACAAACCAGAUAGACGAACAGGUCACUCAUGUAGUUGCCAAUUCACUUGGAACGGAUAAGGUGAAUUGGGCUUUAUCCACUGGACGAUUUGUUGUCUACCCUGGGUGGGUGGAAGCUUCAGCUUUGCUAUAUCGGAGAGCAAAUGAGCAAGAUUUUGCCAUUAAACCAUAACAAUCAUAACCCUUCUGGUAAAAUUAAGACCGGAUAAAUAUAACAUCAAGUUCUAGCUAAAGUUGGAGAUGAGUCGGGUUGUAAUGGUUGGGGGGUGGAGUAGAUAUUGGUCGGCUUAAUUUGGACAAUAUUAGUUAUUAUAACCUCCAAUUAUUACUAGUGGGUUCGCCUUCCGUUUGAUUUGGAUCUACUAAUGUGCUGAAGAAUUGGAAAGAGGGUUCUUUUAAGUAGAGGCACAUGUGGAUUGCAGGAGCCCCAAAAUUAUUCAAAAUAUGGAUUCUGGGUAGGUUAUGGAGAGCAAAAAGAAGCGAUAAGAGGAUAGUUGAUCUCCGUAAACUAUGGUGGCAUCAUGUGCGGAAGUUUACCAAGUCAUGUGCUAAUGGGAAGUGUUGUGGUUAACAUGGAUGAUCAAGUGUGAGUCUGGAUGUCCAAAAGUGAAAUAAACAAAUGAAACAGCAGCAAAAUAGUGAGAAUUUGUGGAAGCAGACAGAUACAGUUGUGGAAGUGGGAUGGAUAAUGAGAGCACAGGAGGGUGUGGAGAUAUAAACCUAGGUAGUAAAAACAAGCGCCUGAUCCAGGGAAGGAGAUUUUUCUGAGUUAAAAGAAUAUUGAAGUUAAGGAGGAACAUUCUUAGCGAGGAGUAAUUGUCAAUGCGGUCUUUGGUUGCUCCAAAUUUUUCCCUAUUUGGAUUGAUUCCUCUUAACAUCAGUGCCAGGGCCAUUCUAUUGGAAUUACCCUUGCGACCAUUUUAUUUUUAUUUCUUCUAUUAUCCUUUUUUCCUUCAAGAUGAAAAUUGGAAAAAAAAAAUAAUUAAAAGGAAAAAAAAAAAAAGUGGAACUUUGAGCUUAA